AUGUCAAACAAAAUGGUGCAUCCCGUAAAAAUUGUAAUAAUAUAUUUAUUUUCCGUCGUCAAUGGGGGGAAACAUGGUUUGCUCCUUCUGUACAGGCCCAUAGACGUGAGUAAUGAAUGUGCCUUCUCAGGACGACUGCGCUAUGACUUGUCAUUCGGUAUGGGAAUGUCGGACACUAUCACUAUGGUAUUUCGCACUAUAAACGAGAAAGAUUACGCAUGCAACGUGGACAUAGUGACGCAGUCUGAGCUGGACGUAUACCUCGUCGUGGUGAUCAAGUUCCCCACAAGCAUUUCUACCAACUGUCACGCCAAUGCAGAUGCAUUCAACGUCAUUAAACAGAAGAAAUGCCUGCGAAUUUGCGACCUAAUAGGCUCCAGAGAUCUGUAUUCUCCAUAUUUCGUAAUCACCGUAAAAGGGAGAAUACGUUUUAGAUUUUUAAGCAAUAGCAGCAUCAAUUCGGACAUCAGUGCUGACUUGUACCAAGUGACUGCCACGUCUGCUCGUCUAGAACCGCCAACAAAAUGCAACUCGCGGAACGAAACUCUUUGUGUGAUUGAUAGACAAGAUUUCUGUUUCACCAGUGGAGUUGUGUGUGAUGGCAUCAAGAACUGUGGAGUCUCGGAUUGGUUUGAUGAACGGAAAUCGGAAUGCAGUCUUCCCAUAGAAUACUUGGGCUACGCGCCUGUCAUUGCCGUGGUGGGUGCACUCUUCUGUGCUCUUCUGGCUGGCGGACACAUUAUCUUGCGAUGCCUCCCUCCGCCAACCCAUUCCUUCUUCAUAUUCAACGCUAAUGAGGACAAUAGACUGAAUAUCGAUCCUCUUUUCAAAGUGUCUGGACAAGCAGCGCCGAAGAUGGAGAAAACUAGACGUACGUCGCUUAUACCGGUGUUUUCCAGUACAUCGUCAAGCCAACAAUCGGAAGCCAUAGAAAUGCAUCCUGCGUCAACGUCGCAAACAGAGGCGCACUCGCCAAGCCUCUCAAUAGACGACCAACAUAGUUUCAUGAGAAAAUCCACGGUGAAGAAUGUCACUUCUAGACUUCAAAGUACUCUUCGCUUCGUCGCUAGUAAAGGGAAAAAGUUGCGCGCCUCUCUGACUGGCACAGAAGCCAAGGAUGACCAUAAAGAAAAUAUCUAA